AUGACCAUGAAGAUGCUCUCUUCUAGGGCGCGUUUCUUCUCAUUCCAAGGCCUUUUACCAUGGAUCAUGCCGCCAACUGUACGAGAUACUGUGAAGCAGUAUCUCGAAACCGUGAAACCACUACUUAAUGAUGAGCAGUUCGUCAUUAUGAAGGAUCAAGCAGAAGAGUUUCAAAGAACUGUCGCCAAUGAAAUCCAAAGAAAGCUUUGGAUGAAAUGGCUCAUCUCAAGGAAUUAUCUUUCUGAUUGGUGGAAAGAAGUGGUCUACAUGCGUCACAGAAGCUCUCUAAUUCACACCAAUGUUGCGUGUGCUGAUAUAAUUUUCCAACAGCCAACCACAAAUCAAGCAGCUCGUGCAGCCUAUGUCACACUCAAUCGGCAGUACUUCUGUAGAGAUAUUUUCGUUAAAGAUACUAUGAAACCUAUCGCUCUUGGAAUUAUACCCAUGUGCGCUACCCAAUAUUCAGACUACCAUCGUUCUCUUCGUGUGCCGAACGAGACUAGCGAUGUAAUGAUUCGAGUGCCGGAAGCUAGACAUGUUGCUGUUUUUUCUAAAGGAUGUUGGUACAAAAUUAACAUCUUCCAUGGAAAAAGGAUGCUGAGACCAGCCGAGCUUCAAAGGUCUUUACAACUUAUUCUGGACCGCAACGAUACUCCACAGGAUGGAGAAAAAUAUCUGUCAGCACUUACAGCUGGACCGCGCGACCUUUGGGCUAAGAUUAGAAGAGAAAAAUUUGCUGAUGGAGUAAACAAGGAA